UAUGUGUAUGGAUUCCAAAAGAAUUCAUAAAUUUCAUCAGGGAGAUGUAGUUACCAAAGCUAUCUGUCUAAAACGAAUUCUAGAGAUGCAAUCCUUUUGGCACUUACAAAGUGUCGCUCUAACUGUCACUGGCGAGAUUGGGGGUGUUUCCAAAUCUAUACAGCAAGCUUAUAUACACGAUUUACUCUGUACAAGUAAUUUUCGUUUACUGAAGUCUAUAUGGGUUAAUUUAGCACUGGCAUAGGUAAUACCCUGGCAUUUCGGUAGGCAUUGCCGAGUCUUUAUACAUUUUCGCGACUGCGCGUCCUAAACGAUUUGAUCAUUUGACAUAACCCCAAGUCUUCCAUAGUUUAGCCAUACUUCUAUCCUUUCGCUUCCCCUCCUUUCAGCAUACCACCAUGCGUGUCGUCAUUCAGAAAGUUAAAUCGGCCUCAGUUACCGUUGACAACCAGGUUGUCUCCCAGAUCGGUCGCGGGCUCUUGCUCCUCGUGGGGUUGAGUACCACCGACACUGUUGAGGAAGUUACCAAGCUAGCAAACAAGGUUUUGAAGUUGCGGUUAUUUGAGAAUGAGUUUGACGCCGCCAAGGGAUGCUGGAACGGAAAGCCAUGGGCAUUCAACACCAAACAGGCCGAAGCGGAAAUCCUCUCCGUGUCGCAGUUUACGCUAUACGCCAACUUGAAAAAGGGUGCCAAGCCAGACUUCCACAGGGCAAUGAAGGGAGAGCACGCGAUUGAGUUGUACAGUGAGUUCAUGAGACAGUUAGCGGUCGAAUUGAGCGAAGAGAAGGUGAAGGACGGCAAGUUUGGUGCCAUGAUGGACGUUGCCUUGGUUAACGACGGCCCGGUGACUAUUGUUUACGAUACCAACGAGUGUUUGGAGUCGAAGUGAUGGGUAAACAGAUACAUAAAUUAAGAUUGGUAGGAUGAAGGUUGUUGUAGAAGGAGAGCACAAAGAAGACUGGAAACCACGAAAAAGGGUAUAGGAAAGCGGUCAAUAUCCUGGACAAAGUAUCGCAUGUAUAGGACUUCCACUACCUAUACAAUAUAGGUAAUAGCACACAGCCUCCUCUUAAUCUCUUGCUAUUUCAGAAAAAAAUACUUCAG